AUUAAUGCGGUAUUUUUACUAUAGGACCUUAUAGUCAUUAAUUAGAUAAGACUUAAUUUUCACUAGAAAGUAGUGUGUUAUGUAAUUUCAAUUGACGUCGCGUUCAGGCUUCGCAGUAUGCGUAACCGCUCACAUUGAUUUUAAUAACUGUCUAGACUUUUUGAUCAUUUUUUUUUUACAUCUUUUAGUCACUUUAUUUGUUGCGCUCACGUUAGAAACGAUACAUAGCAUUGUGUUCACAUAUACGAGUUAAAUGAUAAGAUUUAUUCGCAGCCGGAGUUAAGCUAAAAUAACAUAAUGUGUAACUGAGGGAUAGUGUGUGGCGAUGGAUCAGUCGAGCUGAAGACUUGGAACAGUUGACAUUGUGGCGAUCGGGAGAAAAGACGAAAAUGCGCUGGAUAUUUCCCGUUCCAGUUCUCCUCAUGUCCUGGUUCGGAGUGGAGCAAGUAAAAGGGAACUCCUGCAUCAGGACUGCAUUGUGGACACUAAGUCUGAGUCCUCUUGUUCAGGCGGAAUGCCAAACCCGCACGAUAUACUGUUAUGAGUGUGACAGCUGGACGGACGCGCGAUGCAAGGACCCCUUCAACUACACCGCUCUGCCGCGAGACCAGCCGCCGCUGCAGACGUGCAACGGCUGCUGUGUCAAGAUGGUUCGCUAUUCCAAAAGCCCGUACGAGGUCGUCCGGCGCACGUGCACGUCGCAGCUCCAGAUAAACCUGUUCAUGGUGGAUCACGUUUGCAUGAUGGAAAGUACAGGCACUGGUCACAUGUGUUUCUGCGAGGAGGACAUGUGCAACGGCGCAUCGACUGUCGACAUCACGCUGGCGUUGACAGCACUAGUCUUGUUAGCAUGUGCAUGUUGCAGGUGAAGUAGGACGCUAGUUACCGCUAGAGGGCGUCGAUCGAUCUAUCGACAUUUCCUUACAUGUUGGUGACAACCCGUUUUUCGAUAAACUUUUGAUUCGUGGUUAUGCAAGCGAGAUGCACGAAUCAAAAUAUCGAUCGACUCGAUGGCGCAACCCUAGUUAUUUAAUUACUAUCUUCGUCCAAUUGUAGUCUGUAGUAUAGUUUUUGGAGGUGCUUAGUUUUCACAGCGCAGUAUUAAAAUUUAGCCGGAAGCGUUUAUCUAACAAUUUUUCUAAUAACAUUUCAUUAAGUUCAUAGAAACCAUUAAAUCUAAACUACCCGACACACGCGGCGUACUCAAAAUGUCUUCGAGCCGCUGAACAUUGCGGGCUCUUUUACAAGUAACUUAAGUUCUUCGACUUCCAUUUCUGUACAACUGAGGACGCAGUGAGGUUGAGUGCAGCCAGUGCUCACGUCACGAUAUAUACCCUGUUCGUGUUUUGGUAUUGGUACAAAUUGUUGAAGUGUAAGAAGUUGUAGUCGUUGGAGUGCUGCCAUUUUGAUUACGCCUAUGGAUGGGUUAAAAAAAACAUGCAAAAUCACCCGAGCUGUCUUUAUAAAAUAUUUCGUGUAACAGAAGCCCCAUCACCCCCAUCGAAAACACAUUUGUGAAAACUAAACGCUUAAAUUAUUUUCAUCUAAAUUUCCGAUAUUACGCUAAUGUAAAAACGACUAUAAGUAUCAUAUAAUAAAAAAUCUUAAUUGAUUUGAAAAAUAUUUCAAACUUUUAGCGUGUAAAUAGUGCUGUCAUAUAGUGAUGUGACUGAUUAUUAUCGAUAACUGAUACUUCGCGACGCUUCUAACUUACUGGUCCAAUUUUUAGACCAACUUGAAUUUGCUCAUAGACGCACUUUAUAGACGUGAAGCACUAUGUAGGUAGACAUAAACGAUAAAAAUUUCGAAGCGACGAGGACUAGCGAGAACUGCCUGAGAAUUAGUUGGAUAAUAAGGCCAUAGGUUAGGUUCCAAGAAUAGUUUCAAAGGUGAUAUAGAAAUUAUAAAUUUCGUUAUAAUGUGAGAAUAAAUUCGUGAUCCAUUAGUAUUUCGAUGUAGAAUUUAUAUUUUGUAAAGGAAAUGUAUUCAGAAACGUAGCUAUUGUGACAAACCAGGGCUGCCACGUUUACAAAUUUGAAUAUUCCCCCAAAUGUUGGUACAUGAGUCGUGUCGGCGGUUUUCGAGGAACGAAACGCCUUUUUGAACUAUCUGUCAACUACCUUUCGAUACACGUCCACGGCGUUGCAUUGAUAAUCAUAUAAUCUCAUACAUUGGAAGAAGAAUAAUUGCCUUUCUGUUAUCAAACAAAAUACGAUUAUAUCGAGUUUAAUACAGUUAUUUGAAUAUAAAGUAAAUAGCAUGAGAAUAGUUAAUUGUGUCGUACUCCAGUUUCGUAAAUUAUGUCUCAAAUUUAUCAGCAUCUUUCGUCUUAUAAAAACACAUUUACCGUUUAAUUAGUCUAUAAAAAAGUAAUGAGUUUUAUAGUUUUACAACUAUUACUGUCUUAACUGUUUAUCACUAAUGUAAAACUAUUUCGUAUUUUGAAUAUUCAACAAUAUUACGUCAUUGACGUCGUGCGUCAUGGUGGGCUAGAACGUUAGCGUCACCGCAGGACGAUUCCAAUUACUAAAAAUCGAUUUUAGAUAAAAAUAUUUUUACAUUUAAUUCCUAUUAUUUCGAAAUUUUAUAAUUCGUUAAUAAAUUUAAUCUGUGUACAUUUCCUUUACGCGGAUUAUCGAGUGAGAUGCAGAUUUAUUGUCUCUCGGUUCAACUGCGUUUUGUACCUAAGAAAGUACAAACAUAAUAUUAUAAUGAACAAUAUGUUAAGGUACCGAAGGCGCCACCGUGAUCAGUGAUACACCCUAUUAAUAUACGCAAUAAGACGAGUGCAGUAUGUUUCUAUUGAUAUCGUAAUUGAGUUAAUGCGUUGCGAACCUUAUCGUUAGGCUAGGUUUAGGUAAAUGAAGUGCUAGAUCCUAGUUGAGGCGACGCGUACAAUGACCUCAUGAUAUUAUAAUUAAUGAUAAAUUAAUCUAGGAACAUAAACACCAAAUAACUUUAAUCGUUAAUAUCGUAUGUAGAUAAAUUAAUUCGUUAAGUUUAUCCUUUAGUUUUGUUUUUAUAAUAUAUCAUAAAUUAUAUUGUAAAUUACGAAAAUAUACCAUUAACGUAAUAGUAUAUUUAAUAUAGUUAACUUCCUUCUUAUAACGUAAGCGGUUAUAUGUAAUAUAUAUAUAUAUAUAUAUAAUUUGUUUUCGUAAAUCUUAAUGUAAAUCAUAAAUCUAGGCUGAAUUAACGCGCUGCAAAAUGAAUCGAACUUUUUUAAUCGAUAUCAUGGAAGCUCUACGCUUUGUAACAUAUGUUCAGCGACACGCGGUCAACGGAGAAAUAUUUUUCUCGUUUAUUUGUACUGAUAUAGGAAUAUUAAUUAUAAAUAUUUAUCAAAACAAAAGAAGAUAAUGAGAUAAUUGUGAUUAUGACAUGAAUCAUUUUAUAUAAAAAAAUACUAAGGUAUUAAGCGACUGCCAUACAUAUGUGUCGGCCAGGAACAAAAGUUUUCGAUUCGUCGAUUAUGUGACCAUAGAUUAAGCAGAUAUUGCUAGCCGUAGAGGAGUUUUUGCCAUUAAAACAUUUUACAUAAAAUAUUUAAUUAAUUUAUGACAAUAUAUUUGUAUCGACAAAUUAUAUUUAUAAACAAAAAAAACAGUUCAUGUUUUACAAUUAAAUAGCUAAAUUAUACGAGUUUUAAAUAUAUUAAAGAAGCAUUGCAUGUUCAGUUCGAAUUAAGUAAUAAAGGUGACCGUAGCAUGAACACUGCACCGUAGUUGGGCUGCCUCUCGGCACUUUGUAAGCAGGUCUGCCAACAUCACGAAGCUAGCCCUACAUGUCAAAAAGAUAUUCACAAGGAAGAUACAGUCAUAUAACGUCUAGACUUACGAUUCAUUUAUAACUUUAUAUUUCCUGGAUUAAAAAUAAUCAACCAUUUCAUUUUUUUAAUAUUUUGUAUUCUGUUUGAGUCGUUUUCAAACAGACGCACAUAAAAUAGUGGGGACACGACUAAAACUGCGGGUAAUUAUUAAAAAUAUGUAAAUAUUAUUAUGUUGGCAGACCUACAUUUAUAAAUCUGACAGCUAACAUUUUCUAAUAGUUGUCACUGUAACAAAUAUAACACGAGUACAAUAGCGUUACUUGAAAACGUUAAAAAAUAACUACAUUAUAAUUCAAACGUUAUUUUUGUAUUUUUUGUUAAUUUUUUAUGACUUUAUCAAAGUUUAUACCGUAACAAGUGCGCUCGUGUACACACAAUUUAUUUUAAUAAUAUUAUAGAUAUACUUUAAAAUUGUUAACAAUAACUUAAACUUAAUUCGCUUUAAUUUAUCAAUUAGUACUAACUAAUAGUCUAAGAAUGUAUCGUUGAAAUAUGUUUUUUCUUUAAGUUUUUUGUGCUGCCAGUUAUUAAAUCAAAAUACUAGCAAUAAGUUUAAAAAAAAGUCUUUAAAAGCUUUCGAAGCUUGCUUUUCGAACUAAUUCAUACAGAUAAUACUAUAGAACUCGGCUUCGUCUCCUCAAAUAAUCAAAAAAGGAUAUUUCAACAAAUAUUUUCCAAUACAAUUUCCUCUUCACUUUGCGAUUGCAUAUCACGCAUAGAAGUUUAGCUGUUUCUAAAUUUUAUAGGCUAUUAGAAUAACAUAUCUUUCGCAUUUGGCAUGUGCCACGCGAAUGAACUAAGGACCUAGGCGACCUAGUAUUAAGCAUGUAUUCGGACGAUUCAAUAACAAAAAACGUAGCCAUAACGAUUUUUCCAUUAAAACUUAUAAUUCCAUUAAUGUAUUAUAGACACCGAAUGGGUUAUGUACUGUCUCUGUCACGCAUAUCUUAACGUAACUAGUGGAAGGGAAUAUAACCGUCGUACUGUAGUAGACACAAACAAGACAUGACCCAGCGAAUUGUUUCUAGGACUUAUUAGAAAUUACUUCUCUAUGACAUCAAAUCACGUAAACUUUACCCUCGAUCACCUGUAGGAAAAUGGUUUUGGCUACGUCUGUACAUUUUCAUUGAUUUAAACAAUAAAAGGAUAUAUUUUUAAUAACAAAAUUACUAAGCCUCUUUAAACAAUAAUACAAAAGUUAUUGAGUACGUUUUUCUUCUAACGGAAUGUAAAUUGCACUUACUCACUUACUCAACCAGCUGACCGCUUUAAGGUGAACAUGUUACCACCAGAUAUGUCGACUGUUUUAUACUUUGAGCUUCGGAAUAUGCGGCUUAAUAUAAUACUCCAAUCAUAAAAUAGACAAAACGAAAGCGCAGUUACAUUUUAAAAGUAACCCUAUUAUGAGUUAUAUGUAAUUAAGUGAAGUUCAUUUAACAUUUGGGCAUUCUCUGUGUACUGCAUAUUAAUAAGGUAAUUUCACAAGCUGUGUUUUCUGGUUUCUCAUACAUAUAUAAGCUACCUAUGUAAUAUUCUAAUACUACAUACCUUGGUCGCAAUUUCCGAAGAUCAAAUGUUGGAAACAAUGUGACCUGUUUGUGAAUAUUUUCACGUGUCAUUCGUUGAUCUGAAAUGAACAAAUCCCAAAUAAUUAGAGCCGUCUACGUUUAUAUUUUACAUUUAGAAUACUUCUUAAAUGAUUUGUUAGUCUUCACUUAGAACAGAGCUUUCUUAUGACAUGACUUGCGUCGGGUUCGUGUAUUAUUUUGUCAUAGAUUAAUUUUACGACAUAGGGCUUCCUGUAACUUUCCAAAUGAGUCUAAAUUAUAUUUGUUAGUUUAUUUUAUAAAGUUUACAUUUUCAACGACUUAAUUAACUUGUAUUUUAGUAACAUGCAGUAUCAACUAAACCUUCUAUAAGAUUUAUAUUACGAAUGCAUUAAGUAACUUUAAAUCUAUCAUUUUAAUACAUUAAGAUAAUUUAAUCUAAAUAUUUGGGAUUGUAACGAACAAAUAAUGUAAUGUAAUGUCACUUUAUAAGUAAGGAGCUGACUUAUUUAGCAUUAUAUAAAUAGUGUUCGAUAAAUAAGUUCCCUAUCAUCACUUAUGAAGUAUAAUUACAAGCUGAAGUUCAAAUAUAUGUAUAUUUAUAACAAUUUUGUAUUGUUUUAUAACGUUGCGUAACGUUAAUUAUAUUUCUUUAUACCACAGUCGGCGUUACGACUGUGUCAGUAAUUUUAUAACCAUGUUACAUUUAUAACAUUACAAGUUUAUUUAAAUGUAAUUAAUUAAUUGUUAUGUAAUUAUAAAUUAGUGUAUUUAAUUUUGUUACAAAAUAUUAUAAAUAAUGAUGAAUCUAUUUUCACUUAAUAUAUAUUUUUCAAAAAGUGCUUAUUGUAUUAAAAUAUUGUUAAUUUUUAAGUUGGUUUUCAAUAACAUUGUAUAGUAUGGUUUAUCUCGUUAUAUACUUAGUUAUAUUUCGUUGUGGAUACUUUAUAUAUACGUUAAUAAUAAGAACCUUCCAUACAAGCAAUAAUUUUAACUAUUACUAGCAAAUAUGUGUAAAUCCUUCUAUGCACUGUUUUUAUUAUAUUUGUUUCGUUCGAAAUUAAUGUUGCUAUUUAUAAAAAGCCAGAAUAUAUGUUUGAAAUGUGAAAAGUCAAUUAAUUUGUAAUUAUAUUAAUAAUUCGUUUAAACAAAAGUUAUUGAAUUUAACGACUAAACACACUUAUCCGCAAUUGAAAAAAUUAUUUAUAAUUUGUAAAAGAACAAAUAUUCAACCACUAAACGGUGCAGUGAUUAAGUGUAGUUAGUCCCAUUUAAUUUCAUUAAAAUGUAAAUAGAAAAAUACAAACGAUGUACAGACGAUGUGGAUUUGUCUCAAGCUACAACGCUGACAAUAAAAAACAGUGCAGUAUUAUUUCUUGUAAUUCGGACAUAUCUUAUCACGUUUUCCUUGGCAGAUAAAAAAAAAUAAAAUACUUUUUAACUAAAUUUAAAAAAUGACCACUUUAUUUUUUUAUGACAAUUGUUUUAUACUCUUAUUAAUUAAUAUUUUUAAAAUAUGCACAAUUGAUUAAUCCGAAAAACUGUACUUAUUUGUUUUUUUUUUCAGCUUGUAUUAUGCCGUCAGUACACAUACAUAGCAAUAAUUAUAAUAGAACAAAAUAUAUUAUGAAUACUUACAAAUAGACACUGGACAGUACUUUAAAAUAAGAUUACCUGCCUGCAUGGCUUAAUGACAGUAGUUCAAAAAUAAAACGCAAUAAUUAAAUGACAGUGUGCGGAGUCAGUCUCUAUAUUGAUAUAAUACAGUUUGGCGGCAUUUUGACGAGUGUCUUGCCUGUUACUGGCUACCUAACAUAGUUAUCAAAAUUGAAAAUGAAGGUCCUUAAUUUCGAUUAUAUUUUUUUAUCUGCUAUGGUCAUGUAAUAUUCAAUGCAAUUUUUUUUUAAUUAUUAAAGUGCCAUAUUUAUAGAUAUUGUUA